AUGCCUGCCAUGGUGAUGGCUGGGCACCCACAGGCGAGGCGGCAGAAGCCGUGGCUCAUGCUUCUUGGGCUUGGCUGCGCAGUCUUGGCCUCGUGGCCUGCGAAUCUAUCCGAAUCUGCGUUUCGUUGUGGCACUUUCGGUGCAGUUGACCAAACGGCUAACCGCAGAUCGGCGCUGCAGCUUGCCGUCGCUGCAGCCGCGCCUGUCCUCCUUCCCGCUGAGAGCAGGGCUGACGUUAUCCGCUUGGUCCGAGAGCCGCUCCCCAAAGCCUUCAGCGAGUCUGUCACCGCGGCGGCCAAAGCGCUGAAGGAAGCCUUGGAGGCCGAGGAGGCAGUGGGCGACUCUUUCAUCGGCCCAGAGCAGGAGGCCAAGCUGUCAAGCCUGGAGCAAAAAGCAGGGAGGCUUGUGCAAGUCUAUGGAGAGACCUACAUCUCGGAGGAUUCUUUAUCGCGCGAUGCUCCUCUGAGGAAGAACCAGGUCCAUUUCGAAAUGGAGGAAACCAUCAACAGCUUCGAGGGCGCCGUCAAGACUGACAAGCUGCCCAAGUACCGGAAGGAACUGAUUGAACGAUUGCAGACGGUAUUAGAUUUGGCAGAGAAGAGCGGUGUGGAGUAG